AUGGACGUCGACUCGGCCGCACCCGCCACGACUACCACCCCCGCCGCCGCCGCCGCCGCACCAGCACCCGCACCCGAGACCGACAAGAAGAAGAAGGCCGCACAAGCUCGCAAGGAGGAGGAGCUCAAGGACCUCGCGUCCAACCUGCCCGAGGCCGACGCCUUCCUGUCGCUCCUCGCCAUCAUCUCGCUCCUCGACCACAAGCAGUACGACCGCGGCAAGCAGCUCGCGACCUCCUCGAUCGAGCACUUUGCCCAGCUCAACCGCCGUUCGCUCGACCAGCUCAUGAGCAAGCUCUACUUCUACUGGGUCCGCCUUCACGAAGUUUCGGGCGAUGACACGGCCGCCCUUCGUCCGACGCUCCUCGCCGCGCAGCGCACGGCCGCGCUCCGCCACGACGACGACCUGCAGGCGACGCUCCUCCCGCUCCUCCUGCGCAACUACCUCGAGCACGGCCUGUACGAGCAGGCCGACCGCCUCGUGUCCAAGACCCAGUUCCCGGAGCACACGGCGCAGAACAGCCAGCUCGCGAGGUGGUAUUACUAUGUCGGCCGCAUCCGCGCGAUCCAGCUCGACUACACGGCCGCGCACGCGUCGCUCCUGCAGGCGAUCCGCCGGGGCCCGUCCGACCUGAGCGCCGCGCCGGGCUUCUUCCAGCACGCGCACAAGCUCGCCGUCCUCGUCGAGCUCCUCCUCGGCGAGAUCCCCGAGCGCAGGGUGUUCCGCGAGGUCGUGCUCAAGAAGGCCCUCAGGCCGUACCUCGAGCUCGCCCAGGCCGUCCGCGUCGGCGACAUCCAGGCGUUCAACCAGGCCCUGUCGACGCACGCGAGCGUGUUUGCGGCCGACCGCACCCAGUCGCUCGUGUCUCGCCUGCGCCACAACGUCAUCAAGACGGCGCUGCGCACCCUGUCGCUCGCCUACAGCCGCAUCUCGCUCGGCGACAUCCGGGCCCAGCUCGCGCUCGAGUCCGAGGAGGACGCCGAGUACAUUGUCGCCAAGGCGAUCCGCGACGGCGUCGUGCAGGCGAGGAUCGACCACGACAAGGGCGAGAUGACGAGCCGCGAGGCCGGCGACGUGUACUCGACGGGCGAGCCCGUGCGCGAGUUCGACCGCCGCAUCGGCUUCCUCCUCGACCUGUACAACCAGAGCGUCAAGUCGAUGCGGUACCCACUCAACGCGCACUCGAAGGAGCUCGCGUCGGCGGGCGAGGCGCGCGAGCGUGAGCGCGAGCUGGCCAAGGAGAUCGAGGAGGGCGACUCGGACGCCGACCUCGACGGUCCGGGCGACAUGGACUCGUUCUGAGCGGCGACGGCGAGGCUGCUCGAGCGGGAUUUGUCGAUACACGGAGGAGAGGACGGAGUGAAACUCGCUUGUCCCUUGUGUAUG